CGUUUCUCAUACUCUAUUUUGCUUAUCCCAGUUUGGAUUGGCUUGUCAGAGAAAUCAUCACUUGAUAUCAUGGUAUUUGCCAGCUACUUCAUAAUUCGAUGACUUUACGAGCCUCAAAUGUGGAUCGCCAUUGUGUAUCUAUGUAGAUUAUACAUGAGCUUUUGUAAUGAAUCUCUUCUGCUUGCUCCCCAUUGGUAUAGGGUCUAUGUUGGCAGCAUAGGUACUGGAGGCAGAAGCCAUCUUCUGCAUCUACACUGUACUGGUUUCUGGUCAUUUAGAGAGUUCUCUUUAUGUAAGACAAGUUUGUGGUGAUAGUGGAUUAGGGAAAUUGGUUUCGCAUAUAUGUGUAAUUAAAUGCUACCAUGCUAGUGCAGUCAGCUUCAGAAUCAGUGGUUUCUCUGUUAAAAAAAAA